AUGAUUAUAUGUCACUAGUGUCAUAAGGAUUUGAAGCUUGUCAGACGCAUUUACCUGUCGUGUUAAAAAUGAGCUUGUGGGGGGCUCUCUACAACACCUUUCUGAAGAAAACUUCAAUGUUCUGCUUGCUGGGCGUCGCAUCCGCCGUUAUUUUUGAGGAGGCGUUCGAAGCCGGCUGCGAGAAAAUUUUCGAGACGGCCAACAAAGGGAAACUGUUCAAGGACAUGAAGCUGGAAUGUUUGAAGCCCAGGGAGGAGACUUAUUCUACUGGAGACCUUGGAGAAGAAGAUGAACAAGUGGAAGCUGCAGAUGAUGCGGGCGUGGUUAUAGAGGAAAGCCAAGAGUCCGGACCUGCCAAGAAGUGCAAGCCGAAAAAAUAAUUUAUUAAUUAAAUUGUAAUGUCUGGAAAUGUGUUAUUUGAAAUAAAAAUCAAUUAUUUGAU